GUUUUACCAGAUGUUCCAUGGUACGCACACGACAUUCCCCAGACGGAAUUUGGUGAGGGCGAAGUGUUCCCAUCUGCCAACUCAGAAAAGCUUAUAACAGCGCAAACAUCGAUGGCUGAGAUAAAACGAUUGUUCGAAAGUGUAGAGCAGAUGUCUGUCCGAUCGGACGAGUCUACAGAUGAAUCUGAGGGUCCAAGGGCUUGGUACAAACCACAGCAGGACGAGACACUUCAUGAUGAAAGGAGUAAGUUGGAAAACGAUUCAUUUAAACUUGAAAAAUCCGUAGGCGUUGUUAAAUGCAAAAUGACCAAACUUGAUUUCAGAGGUAUGCUAAACGCUUUUGUGGGAAAAAUGCAUCGUACCUGUUCUCUCCCGUACGUCGGUUCAUCACCCUAAUCGCGCUUAAUUUUUUGAUUACGAUAAAGAUAUAUUUUAGGGCUCAAGCUUGCCCAGAUGCAAUUCCCUUCAAAAAUGUCCUUGCUUACAUACCUUCACUAUUUUGCGAUGUUUUGAAUAAGUUCUUCGACAAUUGGUUAAUUUUUCUGGCCACAUGGCCAAAUGAACUACUCCACAGCUCCACCCCACGCACAACAUUUACAAUUCUCUUACUUGUCUCUAAGGCAGUCCUUAGAGUCAGUCACUGGUUCACUGUUUAUAUUUAUCUCUAAACUUACUGUCAUGCAGAGUGCAUCGACGAGUUUCCCGACUGUCAACAGUAUGCGGACAACUAUAUGUGCUAUGAAAAAGUGUACGAAGCAUGGAUGAAAGGGAGGUGCAGGAAAACUUGCAAAUUCUGUAGUAAGUUCCCUCGUUUUUGAUUCGAUUCAAACCGCGGCGAACAACUUAAACGAAAACAUUCUAGAAAUGGCCAUGCAUUUGUGAACUUCGCAAAACCUCUAUUUCAAAACAGGGGCAGGCGCUAAGUCGUUGGUAGGAAAAUUUUCUUUUUUUAGAAUGUGUGUUUUCGCACUAGAGAGGUUUUGCAGAUAGCCAAAAAAAAAGUGGAUAUCGAAAAUCAGAAUUGACCUACUUAUAGCACACUUUGAGGCUCGCCCAAAUUCAUUUCAACGCCAGGAAACGCGUCUUUAGCUUACACGAAAUGCACAUCGAUUUGACAAGUUGACGCUGUCAUCUUUCCUGUCUUCAACAGAGGAAAACUGCUGGGAAACUCAGUAUGGUUGUUGUCCAGAUCAAAAAACUGCUGCUGAGGGGCCUUCACAGGCCGGUUGUGGAGGUAAACUUAUAAGCGCACGAGUGACAUUCCCUUUGUUAAAUAUGUAGUGGACUAUACAGUUCAGCCCUUCCUCUCCCCCCUGCAAUCUCUUCUCCAGGAAAAUUGUGCCUAUUGUAAGGAUGAUCUUCAAUUGACUCAGAAGAAGUGCACUAGAGUGAACUUAGUAAAAACGUCAUUUCAGAAUUUGACCACAUAACUGACAAUGUACAUAUAUCACACCUAAUGUAGAGGAAAGACCAACAUGCACAUCCUAUUUAGGUAGGUGGGGUUCAUAUACAUACAUUCAAAGCUGUACACAUUUAAAUAAUAUCAACAGUUAUACCUCUUGUUUACCCUUAUUCCCUUAAGAGUGACUUACAUCUAAUUUCUCCUUACAAUAUCACCCAUGAAUCACAUAUCAAGGUCAUGAGAAUAAACGAAAUGAUCACCAACCAAAGAAGCUCUUGACUGACCAACACUGAAUUCUCCAUGUCCAUGCCAGUGUUGGUCAACAUUGACCAACACUGAAUUCUCCAUGUCAGCACCUUUAGAACGUAUGGGAAACAGUAUGGAAAAUAUGCAUACUCAUGUAGGGGUGUAAAGGGUUAAGAUCAGAUGUAAGAGACGGUCAAAUAACAGUUAUCUUAUUGGAAAAGAUGAGUAGGAGAAAAGUUCGCUUCACUCUUUUUUGCAGUUGAAAAUGAGAACUAUUUCUCUUAGUAUAGUCAAUUCCUGAACGUCUUGUUUCGUUCAUUACUUACUCAUUUGUUUGCUUAUUUCCUUGUUGUGCUUUUUGUAGUUAAGUUGUGCAUCGACCUGAGGGACUGUAACAAAUAUAAAGACCAAUGUGACGACGAUUCUGUAUCCAGUUACAGAAAGAAAUUUCUCAGAAAUAACUGCGCUUACACUUGCAAGCGAUGCAGUAAGUACUAAUGAAUUGAUUUUUAUACCUGAGUUUUCCUAAACUUGUGAGCGUUAGAUGGUGAGGCAGUGUAGCCGAGUGGUUAGCCUAACCACACGGUUUCAGAUUUCGAGCUCAGCGGCGCUGAGCUUGAAAUAUGUUAGUCCCGUUUUCAAGCUCUCCACCCUGCAACUCGCAGGAUUUUUUCACAUUUAAGUUCAACUCCGUGGAUGUACUAUCGACACAAAGGUUAAACUCUUCUUUUUGGAGUUUUUAAAAACUCUAUGCUUAUUUAAUAUUUCUCGAAGAUACUUAGCUACACUGUAAAUUCGAAACCAAAUAAAGCCACAGUUCUUUUUGCUUUGUUUUGUUUUUUUCUUCUACCAUUCCGAGUUACUAAUCUGGCUAUCACCAUCAAACUCGAACAUAGAAGAAAAAUAAAAAGUAUUCGUAACAAGCGCAACUUUCCCAGAAACACAUUAUCGUUCCGAAAAUUUUUCAUAAAAUCGAGUGAAGUGCCAUGAAGAGAAUAGUUAUACCUUCCACCUAAUCUCUCGUGUGGUUAAAAGUUGUCUUCGUAACUAAAGGUUUGAAUUCUUCACGACAGAGGCACCGAGUCCUACCGCAGAUUGUGAGGCUCGCAAUUCAAGGUAUGGAUGUUGUUGGAAUGGACAAGAAGCAUUGGGUCCGCAUGAAAAAGGAUGCUUACGUAAGUGCUAAUUUCGCCGCCUCAUCGUUUUUUAAAUAGCGGCGCCCAAGGUUAAAAUUCUACGCAUUUAAACACGAUUCUUCAGCGGCAAGUUUUCUCUUAGUAAUCGGAAAACACGGUGGGUAGUUAACCCUUUUAAACCCUAAGGGUGACCAGAAUGUAAAUUCCCCUUACAGUAAUACCACUGAAUCAUUAAUUAAGAUCAAGGAAAGAAAGGAAAUGAUAACCAUCCUAAGAAGCUUUGAUCGUUAAACGAAUUCUUCUCGUCGGUACUAAAAGGAAAUGUAUAAAGAUGACUGUAGAGGAUAUGGAUACCAAUUUUAUGGUAUAAAAGGUUCAUAUUUAUGGCGACGAUAUAUAAAUUUUAAAGUUUUAUUAACUAAUUAUGUUGUUUUCUGCUUGUGAUAGCUUGUGAGGACACUUAUCCACGAGCUUGUCGGCUGUUUAAGACCUGCAAUUCUCCGUUCUAUAACGCUAGAACCUUUGGAGAAACUCACUGUCCGAAGAAAUGUGGAAAGUGUGGUAAGUAG